AAGAAUGUUGACUGACGAGGGAACUGCCCCAAGUGUCCGCUCGCUUUUUUGUUGAAAUCUAGUGGAGAAUAGGUUAUCGACUAUGCUGAUUCCGAAUAUUACAAUGGUUUUUGCUGCUAGGCCUUCGAAGAUCUGGUUUUCUAGAAAACCAGUUUUUCAGAAACCCCGAACCUUUCUUAAUGAGGCAUGAUUGUAGCCCGCACAUUUCUGAUUAAAAUGAGACCUCUCCCAACUCUACAUGACCUUUCUUUGCAAAGUUAUAGAAUUUACACGAAGAGUCCUAAAUUAAUUUCUUCUUAUUUCUGUAGCUUGAAGAAAGAAUGUUGACUGACGAGGGAAGUUGUAUAGAUCGUUCUAUCAUUCAUCGCACAGUCAACAUUCAACGGAUCAAUCACUUACAUACAAACCGUCAGCAAAUCAUAGUCAACAAAAUAAAACAAAAAAUGCUACAAGUUUCAGGUUUCCACCAUUCAAAAUACGAUUCGACAAUCAGCAAAAAUCGACCGAAAUAAAAGUGCUGAAUGAACUUGUAAAGUUUAAUUCGAAAUUAAAUUUAUCAUUUGCACGUUACUCAAGUUUUACGCAAACAUCGAAUGUUCUAUCAAUAUUCGCUAAUGACAUAUAUACAUUCGGAGAACUACAUAGUAAUGAAAAAUGGCCGAAAAUGUUAUGUGAAAAGAACUUCGAAAUUGAAGUGCCAAAACGGGUACCAACAUGUUAUUCGAUCAUAAUUCAUGAUGUAGCCAAACAAUGGAAUAUUGAUGCAAUUCAACAAAGUAUUAAUGAAAGUUAUCAUUCCGUCGUGUAUGUUCAACGCAUAUUCGAUAAAACAGGUGGUCCAUCCCAACGAAUACGAGCUGAUUUUCGUUCCUAUGAUUGA